UAUGUGAUCUGUGCUUAUUAGUUAUUUGUGUUUUGAUUUUUACUUGCGAGGUUACGAGGUUAUUUAAAUUUAUGAUCUAUUAAUAUUAAAUUAUGAAUUUCUCAGUUAUUAAAUUAGCUCAGAAUGCCUCUAUUAUAACCAAAAAUGCUCCUUUAUUGGCUUCCCAAUUUCAUACCUCAACAGCAUUAUGCAGAGUUGUCUCCGGAAAAUACAGAAUCACAAAAAGGAGGGACAAACCGCUUACUUACGAAAUGGCUAAUCCACCACAUUAUAUUGCUCACAGAAAAACUUGGAAUUCAUGGAAUACCUCUAACUUAAAAGAUGGAGUCCGUAGAUCAGAGACAGCACUGGAAGAUGAAUUCAUAAGAAGAUUUAUGAAUGGAACCUGGCAUGGACUUGUUUGUAGUGAAAUAAUCAUAAAACGGCAAUUUAAUCAUAUUCGUGUAGCUGCCAUCAUUCGACGAGCUGUCUCACCAACUAAGAUGUAUUUCUUGCUAGGCUAUUCAGAAGAGCUCAUGGCAAACUGGUUACAAUGCCCUGUUACUCUAGAACUCCAGACAGUUGACAGUUUUAAGGAUGUUGUAUUUAAAUAUAUAUAAUUUAGUUUUUAAAUGUAAAUAGAUUGUUUUGCUUUA